CAUGGCAACAUCUGUUAGGCAAUUGCUGUAUGACAAGACUGCCUUUUCUUGUCACAAGAAGACUUUGCCGUCUACAUAGAGCAUAACUUCCGAAGAUAACUCUUUUAGUGGCAUUUAAUCUUUACCUAAUACCAGGGUGCUAAAAUAGUAGUAAAAGGAGGCCUGGACACCUGCUAAGCGGUGAAAUGGCCCGGAACCGGGCGCAGGAUAUGGAGGAGGAUGAGGAGGUCAAGUUUGAGACGUCAAAGGGUGUUAAAGUGUACAAUACAUUCGAUGCUAUGGGGCUGAAGGAAGAGCUGCUCAGAGGCCUUUACGCCUAUGGCUUCGAGAAGCCAUCGGCCAUCCAGCAGCGGGCUGUCCUGCCGAUCGUGCAAGGCCGUGACGUAAUUGCCCAGGCGCAAUCAGGCACGGGCAAGUCGUCAAUGAUCUCAGUCUCCACGUGCCAGCUGGUCGACGUCACGAUGCGCGAGUGCCAAGUGCUCAUCCUCUCCCCAACUCGAGAGCUGGCGCAGCAGACGGAGAAGGUCAUCCUGGCGGUGGGCGACUUCAUGAACAUCCAGGCGCACGCGUGCAUCGGCGGGAAGAGCCUAGGUGAGGACAUCCGGAAGCUGGAGCACGGCGUGCACGUGGUGUCGGGCACCCCCGGCCGCGUCUUCGACAUGAUCCAGCGCCGCAGCCUGCGCACCUCCCACAUUAAGACGCUCAUCCUGGAUGAGGCGGACGAGAUGCUGGCCAAGAACUUCAAGGACCAGAUCUACGAUAUUUACCGGUACCUGCCCCCCGAGACGCAGGUGGUGCUGGUGAGCGCCACGCUGCCCGCGGAGGUGCUGGAGAUGACCAACAAGUUCAUGACGGACCCCAUCCGCGUGCUGGUCAAGCGUGAUGAGCUGACGCUGGAGGGCAUCAAGCAAUUCUUCGUGGCGGUGGAGCGGGAGGAGUGGAAGUUCGACACGCUGUGCGACCUGUACGAUACACUGACCAUUACGCAGGCGGUCAUCUUCUGCAACACCAAGCGCAAGGUAGACUGGCUGACGGAGAAGAUGCGGCAGAACAACUUCACGGUGGCGUCCAUGCACGGCGACAUGGUGCAGAAGGAGCGCGAGGCCAUCAUGGGGGAGUUCCGCUCCGGAGCCGCACGCGUGCUGAUCACCACGGACGUGUGGGCUCGCGGUCUGGACGUGCAGCAGGUGUCGCUGGUGAUUAACUACGACCUGCCCAACAACCGUGAGCUCUACAUCCACCGCAUCGGCCGCUCGGGUCGCUUCGGGCGCAAGGGUGUGGCCAUCAACUUUGUGCGCAACGAUGACAUCCGCAUCCUGCGUGACAUUGAGCAGUACUACUCCACACAAAUAGAUGAGAUGCCCAUGAAUGUGGCGGAGCUAAUUUGAAGCGGGAUAGGGCUGCGCUGAUUUGAAGGGACGGGUAUGGUUUAGGCUGACGUUGUGUUGACAAGUGGGCGGUGUAUGUGGCUCAGUGGACGACAGCUUCGGAGCUGGUUCCCUUUAACGCACUAGAGCCUAGGGUUCUAACUAGCAAUGCCUAGUUGUUGAGUUGCAAGUUUCUGGAAGUUACUCCUGCGGACUAACUAGUUGGUUUUGUGGCAUUCUGGCCGGGCACAAUUGUGGAUUAUGGCUGCGAGACAACAAAUAGUGCCUAUCAGUAUCACAACACGGCGGAAUAGCCGUGGAAACAAGUCUGAGAGCAUAAAAUGCGAACAGAUUGUCGUACAUCGUCACAAGAACCUGCCUUAUCUACCGAUAAACCAGCGCUUCUUGUACUCGUACAUACAAUUGAUGUAACCUAAACAUGGCCCCGG